AUGGCCUCCUCUACUUCCAAGCCGACAAACAGUCUUCUCUACAAAAACUUUCAAAAACACCCUGCAGCUCUCAUCGAAUCUACUUCGGGCAUCUACCUCAACACGAGCGAUGGCCGUCGCAUUCUCGACGCGACCAGCGGCGCGGCCGUCGCCUGUCUAGGCUACAACAACAAGGAUGUUCAACAGGCCGUUGUUGAGCAGCUGAUCAACGUUCCGUACUGUCAUCCUGGCUUCUACAAAACCAAGGCAGCCGAGGAUCUUGCUGAUUUCCUGGUUGAGUCAACAAAUGGCUUGAUGUCCAAGGCGGUCUUGUGCGGAUCAGGCUCCGAAGCUGUCGAAGUUGCGCUCAAACUCGCCAAAACUCACUUCUCACACCUCGCUAUUCCCCAGACAGAGCGAAGCCACUUCAUCGCUCGUGUAGGAGCAUGGCACGGCGCAACAUUGGGCGCCCUGACUUUGGGCGACUUCAAAGUCCGAAAGGACCCAUUCGUGCAGUUGAUCUCACAGAAUUCGUCCCAGGUGUCAGCUUGCAGCGAAUAUCGUGGCCGAAAGGAUGGUGAAGAUGACGAGGCGUAUGUGAAGCGGCUGGCGCAGGAACUCGACGAUGAGUUCCAGAGGAUCGGUCCUGAAAAGGUUUGCGCCUUUGUGGCCGAAACUGUUGGCGGUAGUGCUAGCGGGUGCGCCAUGCCGAUCAAAGGUUAUUUCCCAGCCAUGAAAGCCGUUUGCGAAAAGUACAACGCUCUUCUCAUCCUCGACGAAGUAAUGUGUGGUAUGGGUCGCACAGGCACCCUUCACGCGUGGGAGCAGGAAGAUGUUGUCCCCGAUAUUCUCGUGGUCGGCAAGGGUCUCGGUGCCGGAUACGCGCCUGUCUCAGCAGUCCUCCUCAACAACAAUCUCGUCGAGUCCUUCCAGAAGUCCGGCAAAGGCUUUGCUCAUGGGCAGACAUACAUGGCCCAUCCCCAGGCAGCGGCAGCAGGACUCAAGGUCCAGCAGAUCAUUCGCGAUGAGAACUUACUGGCUCAUGUUCGCACCAUGGGCGAGUACCUCGGUGCACGCCUGAAGGAACGUUUCCUUCCAAUGCCAUAUGUCGGCGACAUUCGAGGAAGGGGUCUCUUCUGGGCCAUCGAGUUCGUCACCGACAAACAGACCAAGAUGCCCUUUCCCUACAGCCUGGGUCUGAACAGCAUGCUACACUCUCGGGGAAUGAGCGCAGGCUACGAGAUUGCUCUGUUCAACGCCAACGGUGGCUACGACGGGUACAGCGGCGACCAUUUUCUCAUCUGCCCGCCUUUCAUUGUCACCAAGGCUGAUGUUGACAACAUUGUUGAGCGAACUGCACGAGUGGUCGAGGAUACUUUCGCCGAGUUGGCCAAUUCUGCUGUUUGGGAGAAGGUCACUUUGCAGAUGGAGAUUGACAACAGCAGCGAGGUGAAGGCAUUGGAUGCUGCUCCUGUGGUGGGUGUUGCUGUUGGUGUGGCUGCCCAGUGA